CCGGCCCCCGCAGGAGGCGGCCGCUCCCUCCUUCCCUCCCUUCCUUCCCUUCGCUCCGCUGCCGGCCCGCGGGCGGCUCGGCGGCCAUGCGGGCGGUACAGCCGCGCUCCCGGCAGCAGACCCUGGCCCUGCGGCGGCAGCUCGUCGGCUCUUCUUGCAAGCUGUUUUUUCCUACUGAUCCAGUGAAGAUCACCAAGGCCAAAGGCCAGUAUAUGUAUGAUGAGAAUGGGAGACAGUACCUUGACUGCAUAAACAAUGUGGCUCAUGUUGGACACUGUCACUCUGAUGUAGUAAAGGCAGCCCAUGAACAGAAUCAGUUGUUAAAUACAAAUUCUCGUUACCUUCAUGACAACAUGGUUGAUUAUGCAGAGAGACUUUCAAAAACACUACCUGAGAAAUUAUGCAUCUUCUAUUUUUUGAAUUCUGGGUCUGAAGCCAACGACCUUGCCCUGAGACUGGCACGGCAGUACACAAAACACCAGGAUGUGAUUGUCUUAGACCAUGCUUACCAUGGACAUCUGACAUCUUUGAUUGACAUAAGCCCAUAUAAAUUCAGAAAUCUAGAAGGACAAAAGGAAUGGGUCCACGUGGCUCCUGUUCCAGACACAUACAGAGGACUUUAUAGAGAAGACCAUGAAGAUCCAGUAACAGCCUAUGCUGAUGAAGUAAAAAAUAUUAUUGAGCAUGCACAGAAGAGAGGCAGAAAGAUUGCUGCAUUUUUUGUUGAAUCUCUACCAAGUGUUGGUGGUCAAAUCAUUCCCCCAGCAGGAUAUUUUCAGAAGGUUGCAGAGCAUGUGCACAAGGCAGGAGGUGUAUUUAUUGCUGAUGAAAUUCAAGUUGGCUUUGGCAGGGUUGGCAGGCACUUCUGGGCAUUCCAGCUUCAGGGAGAGGAUUUUAUACCUGACAUUGUCACUAUGGGGAAGCCAAUAGGAAAUGGGCACCCACUUGCUUGUGUAGCAACAACAAAAGAAAUCGCAGAAGCUUUUGCGGCCACAGGAGUGGAGUAUUUUAAUACAUUUGGUGGGAACCCUGUUUCAUGUGCCAUUGGAUUAGCUGUGUUGGAUGUAAUUGAGAAGGAACACCUUCAGGCUCAUGCCACAGAGGUAGGCAACUUCUUGAUGAAGACACUCAAGGAGCAGCAAAUCAAGCAUCCCAUCAUUGGUGAUGUCAGAGGUUGUGGCUUAUUCAUUGGAGUGGAUUUAAUCAAGGACCAAGCAGAAAGGACUCCAGCCACAGCAGAAGCAGAGGAACUAAUAACAAGACUUAAGGAAAAAUAUAUUCUACUGAGUACAGAUGGGCCAGGAAGAAAUGUGCUGAAAUUCAAGCCCCCGAUGUGUUUUAGUAUGGAGGAUGCAAAAUUUGUUGUGGAGACAAUUGACCAAAUACUAACAGAUAUGGAAAAAGAAUGUCUGAGCCAAAAGAAAACAACUGUUUGUUCCACCUGAGCAGGUAUUUACCUAUAGCCACCCAGUACUACUUACAAGCCAACUUCUAAACAUAACUUCAGAAGCACUGUGAGAAUAAAGCUUCCUCUGAGAUGCUUUUACUCAAAGUUUGCAGGAAUUUCUGGGAAUCUCCAGGCAUGGACCACACUUGUGGUGGCAUUCACAACUGCCCUCCAUCACUCUGACCCUCCCAGCAGCACUGUGUGCAUCACUUGGUGUAAGCAAGGGCCAACAUGUCCCAGACAUGACUGUCUCUAGAGCAUGCAAAUGACUGCACAUCCACACAAACAGCUUUUCUGCUUGCUGCUCAGUGCCUUCAGGCUCCACCUGCAUAACCACUUCUCAGCAGAUCUCCCCUUAAGUGUCAUUUCAGGUUCACAGCUGGCAUCUCAUCCUUCAGGAUCCAUUCACCCCUAGACUCAAAAGUUUGUGGGUAUCAGAGUAAGAUUGGUCUUGUUUAGUCUUCAAAGCCUUGUUAUGUCUUCAUCUGUUGAGAUCCCUCAGUAGGUUGCCAAGAGAACAUCUAGCUGCAACUCAGUUUGCUGCACACCCAUGAGCACAGUGUAACUCACAGUUAACACCUUGGUACACUUAGUACUUCUCCAAACUUCUCUGACUAAAAGACACCCACAUGUUUGGUAGAACUCUGGAUAGCUGGGCAGGAGUGCACCUAAUGUGGUCAUUGUGAGCAGUGGAAUCACCUGUGACCUCAACCACCAUGAGAUUCACAGUGCUAUGGCCCUGAGCUAAGGAGAAAUAUGGUUUUAGUUCAAUGUAUAUUAGUAUAGCAGGCACAAGAGAAAUGUGUUAAUAUUUUAUUUAGCAAGUUAAUGGAAAGACAUACAGCUGUUUAUACUACUUAUUCUUAGGAACAGAAAGAUUACUGAACAGUGCCAGUGCAAAUUAGAGGCCUAAUGACUUAAUGUACUUAUCUGUGAUCUAAACUAAGCAAGAAAAAUGCCUUUAUUUUCUACAGGAAACCAAGAAUGCAAAAAGCCUCUUACUAAGUACAGUACUAGUAAGACACUUACAUAUAAUGUAAGCGAAAGUGAGGCAAUGGAGUAAUUUCUUUUAAUGAUACUUUUACAAAAAAACCCAUAACAUUAUUUUCUUUCCAUAGGUUUCAAACAAUGUUCAAGAUCUACUACUAAGAAACAUUAUUCUACUAUAAUAAUGCACAUUUAAUCUUCAUCCUAGCAUGUCUUAGACCAGAUAAGUCACCUCUGAUUUUUGUUUUCAUUUUUCUUGUUUUUAGUAAAAGCUCUAGGAGAAAUAAAUUUUACAAGAGCUUGUCUCAACUCUGGCAGUGUGGAAUUAGCUUUUAUUUAAAACUGCAUAUCUAAAACUGAUUCUAAAGGAGGAUUUUUCUAAUGGCCACUACAAAAUACAUUUGCUAAAUUUGUGUACUUUCAGGUUAUGACUUUUUCAAAUCAGGAUGAGCCAAUGGGUGUUCUGAUAUUUUCAGGUCUUCAGCUAUCUUUGCAAACACCAUUCCAGGUGCCAGUACACCCAGUCCUUGCCAGGACUCUGAUGAGUUUCAGCAGCCAGUGUCAGAACAAGGUCCCUAAGUAGCACUGUAUUCAACAAACACUCUCAAGCCACCAGUUAAAGUCAAAAACUUCAGUUCCAAAUUCCUGACAUCAAACACAUGAGGGACAGACAGCUGAGGGCUACGGCUCCCAAACCACUUCUUACAAACACAGUCUGUCCUCGAGAAAUACCCAAGUAGGAUUAGUAAAUUAAGAGGAGUUUACAGCCAUAAGCAACAACCUUGUGCACAAGCCUUCACUUUCACCAGGCAGUUCUUUGUAUCACAAACUUUUCAUGCAAAGAAGAAAGGGAAAAGCCAGCUCUGCAUUUAAGUACCAGUAUCCUCAGUUCCUGCCUAAGGCCACAUCACCUGGUAAGGAAGCAUUACCUGAGCACCUACUUACAAAAACCACCACAACACCACCAGCUGACAAACUCUUGCUAGGACACUACCAGCCACAAGGCCUGCAGCACUAUGGCCCUGCUACCAUGCACUUUUCCCACCGGAGGGCCAAGUGCUUGCUAGAAAAAUAUUCUGCUACCCCUUAUUUCACAGAAAAAAAAAUAUUCAAAGUAUGUAAUAAAGUAUUUAAAU